AUGCAAUCCGUUAACCCCGAGCACUUUUUCAAGACUAACGCCGCUCAGGAGAAGAGGCACCGGCGGGCAGCCAAAGCCGGGAACAAAUAUGGCAACCCAAUUUCUCUAAAAUCCAAGAUUUUAGCCGCAGUACCAGAUCCCAGAUCUCCUUCAUCGGCCAUCUUGGUUGCUGAGUCGGCUGGUGCUGUGCGGCUAGUCAAGCUUAACGUAGUAUGCCUAACAGACUAUGGAAAAUAA